AAGCAUAACUGCUAAUUCUAGGAAACUAAUUUUUUCAAGGAAACGUCAAAGAGACGAUAAAAAUCUACUAAGGAAAAAAUAUCAUUCUUCAGUGUUUAAAGUUUUCAUUACAGGAUUGUACUUGUUCACUGAACAUAUUUGUAAAUUUGUUUAUUACCAUUUAUUGGCAAUCACCAUUCUGAAGAAUGUCUGGUCAUCAAUACGUGCCGAAUCCGUCGAAUUUAUUUGCAGACGAAGACGAUAUAGACGACGAGAUAUUUCUACGUAACGCAAGACGAACUACUGCGAGCAGCAGUACAACUAGUCCUCCCACUACUGAUCAAGGUUACAAGUUUGAUCAGUUCCAGAAAGGCUUCUAUUCACAAAACUACGACGUUGCAGGAGAGGAAAGUUACGGUACGAGUUCAUUAAUUGCUGGAAAGUCAGUUGUGGGGACAAACUUCACUGCCCGUCCAGAUGUUCUUGGGCCAGAACCCUAUCAAUCUGGAGCAAAUUACGGUGUGUACGGUGAACAGAUUGCCAGUGGAUAUGUACCGGAUUCCUAUGCUGCUACAGGAUCUACUUCGCCGUAUGGAUCCAACGUAUACCGACCAGUGCCAACCGGAAUAUACGGUGAGCUGGACUCUGAUGUAGAUGAUGAAAUAGUUAGACAAAGACAGACCUUUGAACAGCGACGACGGGAAUUAGAAGAAAGUACAUUGCUUACAUCCCAGCGUUGCCUGGGAGUACUCAGGGAAACAGAACAGGUUGGAAUUGCGACUGCAGAGGAAUUACACCGUCAGCGAGAGCAGCUUGAAAAGACUAAAAAGCAAUUAGAUGAAAUUAACAACUCGUUACGAUUUAGUCAAAAGCAUUUGAACAGUUUAAAAAGCGUGUUCGGGGGGUUAAAAAACUACUUAUCUGGUAGAAUGGCACCGGAACAACAAUCGCAACUCAGUAGCUCAACAGGCAUACCUCGAACGAACAUAUCGCCAUCACCAACUGAAGAAAUUUAUCCAAAUCCGCAGGAUUUUAGAAUCCCGGAUAAAUAUUGGCCUGAUGCAGCUACUCGAAUGCGACAGGACUAUCAUCAAGCACAAGAUAUGCCCCAUACUAAUGGAGCAGCCGUAGCAGGAUUUAGUCAUCAGCUGGAUCAAAAUUUAGAUGACAUGCGUGGUAAUUUGUCCCGGCUCAAAAAUCUUGCGUUAGAUUUGAAUCAAGAAAUAGAUAGUCAGAAUGAUCUGAUAGAUGACAUUUCCAAUCGUGUGGAUGAUGUAGAUGUAAAAAUUGGCAAACAAAAUAAAGAUAUGAAUCGGUUACUGAGAAAGUGAAGCUUGUGUUAAGUCGCAAUUAAACAACAAUAUUCCUGAAUCACAGAACAAGCGUCACUUUUCUUCGCACCGAAUGAGACACACUGACAUGAAAAUGACACAAAGGCAAAAUAAUGAGGUAUAGUUCUUAGCUAAACACUUUCUUUGUAUAAAAGGUAAAUAGGUAUUUGAAUUUUUAUAUGUUUAAUUUGCUCGUUCUCGGAUGAUGUUCCAUCUACAAUCUCUCAGAUCAUAUGCCUACUAGUUUGGAUUAAUAAAUUAACCACAUCCAAAGGUAAAAGUUGUGUAGUAAAUGCAAUGUAACCAUCAAGAUAGUUCAGCUUAAAAGAACUAAAGAAAAUUUUGAUGAAUACAUUACUAGUAGGUCUCUUGUCAUCUUUCGUCUCAUCGAUCCAUCUUGUACUAAUCGAAACCAACAUUCGAAGUGAUUUAAAGAAGUAUCUACAAUAUUCCUCCCUCUUUACAAGUUUUAUAACGCAUCUCUACUUUAAUAAAUAAAUAGAUAUAUAGAAUAGCACGAAGCUACUGCAAGCAAACACAAACCACAGAUUGUUAUAGAAUGAUAGAAUAUUGAUCGUUUAUUUAACCUAAUGGAGAUAAAAAUCAACAGUAUAGUAAACAAACAAACAUGAGGAACCAUGAAAAGUGAACUAAAGCAUAUACUUAUGUAUGAAAUUAUAUUGCAAUGCUAUCGAUUGCGAGCAGUAAAAUAAAGUAUGAGAAAUAAGGUAAAAAUCAGACUAUUAUGGAAAACAGUUGAUAAUUCUUUGGUAUAAGUAAAAGCAUGGUUACAAAUAUAAGAUACGAUAAUAUGCAACAAUAUAAAAAUACAAUACAAAACAAGUGUUUUUAUUAUUCAACAUGAGAGAGUACAUGGAAUAAGUUUUACAAACACAGUACAAUACAAAUUGUUGCAAUCGUAUAAUUUUAUAAUUGAAUAUAUCUUUUAUCAAUUGAAUUUUGCCGUUACAAAGAGAAGCUCGUAGGUAGCUUAUGUUCGACAUUAGAAUAAAAAGUUGGGUCUGGGUCCGGUUGAAAACCAGAACGAGCUCGUUCCGGUCGGCUUUGUUCUAGAGCCUGGGAUUUUUUUUGCCGGUUUUUUCAAGAACGUUUUUUAGUGAAAGAAUUAAUUGUUUGAUUAUAUCAUAACAAUCCAAAAUAAGCUUUGCUCUAAAAUUUAACAAACACUACUAAUUGUUUGUAGGUAUUUUAUGUUUCAUGUUUCCUUAGAUUAAAAAAAUC